AUGCUGUUCGUUAGCAAUACAUGGAGAAUAGCUCUCCAUCUACUCCUUUCUUCCUGUGCAUUUACUGCUGCCUCUGGGUCGGGCUCUACAACCCAAGGCGUCCGCGCUGAUGUCCCUCCUGGUUAUGAAUCGCCUCCUUACUAUCCAACCCCUAAAGGAGGCUGGAUUCAGGAAUGGCAGUCUGCAUACGCAAAGGCUGCCGUAGUCGUCGCCAACAUGACUCUCGCGGAAAAGGUGAACCUGACUACAGGAACAGGAAUCUUCAUGGGGCCUUGCGUUGGCCAAACAGGUAGUGCUUUGCGAUUCGGCAUACCAAAUCUCUGCCUACAGGAUGGGCCUCUGGGCCUGCGGAACACAGAUCACAAUACUGCUUUCCCUGCAGGCAUUACCGUUGGAGCGACUUUCGAUAAGAAGCUCAUGUAUGAACGCGGUGUCGCUAUGGGCGAGGAGUUUCGGGGAAAGGGCGUGAAUUUUCAUUUGGGGCCCUCAGUUGGACCCCUUGGGCGUAAACCUCGAGGUGGUCGAAACUGGGAAGGCUUUGGGGCUGACCCAUCACUUCAGGCCAUUGGUGGUGCGUUGACUAUCAAAGGUAUUCAGAAGGCCGGUGUUAUAGCGACAGUGAAGCAUCUUGUUGGAAAUGAGCAAGAAAUACACCGGAUGACGAACGUGGUGCAACGCGGAUAUUCAUCUAAUAUUGACGAUCGAACCUUGCAUGAAUUAUACCUAUGGCCAUUCGCAGAGGCAGUCCGGGCCGGGGUUGGAGCAUUGAUGAUGGCUUAUAAUGAUGUAAACGGUUCCACCUGUAGCCAGAAUAGUCUUUUAAUAAACGGAAUACUCAAAGACGAACUUGGGUUCCAGGGACUGGUCAUGAGUGACUGGUUCGGUCAAACUGGUGGAGUCUCCUCGGCCCUAGCAGGGCUUGAUAUGGCUAUGCCUGGCGAUGGUCCCGUCCCGUUGACGGGUAGCACAUUCUGGGCAUACGAGCUGUCUCGAUCCGUUCUCAAUGGAACCAUUCCUUUGGAGCGACUUAACGACAUGGUCACUAGAGUCGUUGCGACGUGGUUCCAGUUUGGACAGGAUAGCGAUUACCCGGAACCAAACUUCUCAACAAAUACCCAGGAAGAGAGUGGGCUUCUGUACCCUGGAGCCGUCUUCUCUCCCAGGGGCAUAGUCAACAAAUUCGUCGAUGUCCAAGGGAACCACAAAGAAAUUGCGAGGACCAUUGCGAGGGACGCCAUUACACUUGUCAAGAACAAAGAUAACGUGCUCCCACUUAAGACAAGUGCAUCCCUAGCAAUAUUUGGUGAAGAUGCAGGCACAAAUCCAAACGGGAUUAACUUCUGCGCUGAUAAAGGCUGCAACAAGGGUGUCCUUACUAUGGGUUGGGGCAGCGGAACGUCCAGGCUACCAUACUUAAGUACUCCGGAAGAGGCCAUCAAGAACAGGUCAUCCACUGCCAAAUCCUAUAUCACAAACAGAUUUCCUUCAAACAUUGAGGUAAAACCUGAAGAUGUCGCCAUCGUCUUUGUCAACUCUGACUCCGGAGAAAAUUAUAUCACGGUCGAAAGAAACCCCGGGGACAGAAGCUACGCUGGCCUGGGACUGUGGUAUGGAGGGGAUGAAUUAAUCCAGGAGGCAGCCAAGAAGUUCUCAAAUGUCGUUGUGGUCGUACAUACAGUUGGGCCAGUACUUUUGGAGAAAUGGAUCGACCUUCCCACAGUAAAGAGUGUCCUGAUUGCCCAUCUCCCAGGCCAAGAGGCGGGUAAUGCUGUGGCCGACAUUUUGUUCGGUGAUGCUAGCCCUAGCGGUCAUCUUCCUUAUACCAUCCCAAAGUCUGAGUCAGACUAUUCUCCAAGCUCAUCCCUUCUAGAUCAGCCAUUUGGGCAGAUCCAGGAUACCUUUAUUGAUGGAUUAUUUGUCGACUACCGCCACUUCCAGAAAGAAGGCAAAUCAGUCCGCUAUCCAUUUGGCUAUGGGCUCUCUUAUACAUCCUUUGGUUUCAGUGGGGCUGUAGUAGCCGCGGGAACCCAACUAUCCGAGUACCCUCCUCCUCGGAUGCCUAAGGGCACGACACCGAUAUACACCGAUAAAAUCCCAGAUAACUCCGAAGUGGCGUGGCCGAAGAACUUCAAUAGGAUAUGGCGUUACCUGUAUCCAUAUCUUGACAACCCAGCGGGUGUCAAAGCGGAUUCAAAGUUCACAUAUCCGAAGGGGUAUAAAACCACGCCGCAACCUGACCCAAGAGCUGGAGGAUCUCAAGGCGGAAAUCCAGCCCUAUGGGAUGUAGUAUUCACAGUCGCGGCCAAAGUGAAGAACACAGGCCAAGUACCUGGCCGUGCGGUGGCUCAGCUUUACAUCGAACUGCCAACUGGCCUGGCUGCAAACACGCCUAAAUUGCAGUUACGCCAAUUUGAAAAGACAUCAACCCUUGCGCCAGGACAAGAGGAGGUUUUGAAGAUGGAACUCACCCGAAAAGACUUAAGUAUUUGGGAUGUGGUAGUUCAGGAUUGGAAGGCUCCAGUUGACGGGAAAGGUGUUAAGAUACAUAUUGGUGAGAGUGUUGAAGACCUGCAUAUUGUGUGUGACGUCAGUUCCGGGUCAUGCAGAACCGUUUAA